AUGUCUGGUCCUUAUGUUUACACCCCACACUCUCCAUACGCUACUGCGCCUUCGGGCUAUAUGAUCUCCAAUCAUCAGACACCUCAAAACUCUCCCUUCAUUCCUAAUGCUACUUUAUACCCUGCCUCCCCGUACAGCAACCCGGCUUCUAUUGGGGGAUCCCCUCAGAUUCCUGCUCUCUCAUUGGUACCGCCAGGGAGCCCUAACACUGUACCAUUCCCGUACGAGCCUGCUUGGAAUCAAAACAUGUAUGCGGCCCCUGUGCGACAGCGUAGACCUUCUUAUCAUGGAGAUUUUAUCCCACCUACGUCUCCUUUCCUUUCGGAUGGCUAUCGUCCCGACUCUGAUCCAUACUUUCGCGAACGUCGACGUUCAUUUGGAGGUAGUUACUAUCAACCCGGAUGGGCUUCAUCUACCUAUAUGGGUGCGAUCGCGCCCCCGGCUUCACCCUCGGGCUUCAUGCUUCAUCCAUGGCUCAACGCUGAUGUUUGGAAGGGUGAUUUUGUCUUGGACUUGACUUCCAGGGACUUCCGACCUUUACAAAUCAAUCCUGCAGGCCAAGCUCGGCCAUGUCCCGUAGAAUACUUGAAUCAGUCUGCCACUCAUCCACCCAUUACUCGACUCCGCAUAGUUUCGGAUCUCCUCCCAGAGUGGCCCAUUGACAUCGCGUACAGGCAACAGUAUGUUGGUGGACUAUCCUCUUCAAUCUCUGCAGCUUGGACCCCGGGUUUCGGUAUCGAUACCACUGGCACGCAAGCCCCCAUCACAUUUCUCGAUGUUUUGAUAAACGUUCACCGAUCCUUGCACCAGAGAAUCACUCACGACGACUUUAAUCGUUUGUCCCUGUCUCAAGAAAGGGCAGUGACUAAGGCAUACUACCGACGUUGUCGGGCGGCAGGUUCAUUUGAAACAGCAGAACGGGGGCAAGGCGUUAAAAGAGUUGAUUAUCUUUUGGAUCGUAAGUGGUUUCGCGGGUGCAUUCUUGAUUGGGAUGCGGGAGUGUUUCGGUUAGUUGUUGCUUGA